AUGACGGUGAUGCUGCCGCCGCUGCUGCUGACGGUGACAAUGGGCUGUUGCGAGGAUCUGAACAGCACCCUGCCCCCCCAGAUUGAGGAGAUGCUCAAGUGUGCAGAGGUGGAUCUGGCCGGUUUGCUUGGGACACUGUUAGAAACAGUGUCCAACUUGGACUUGCUGUCUCUGUUAGACCUCACUUCCCCACUCAAUAUCCUCGGUGGUGGUGGCCAGAGUGGUCCCCCAGACAAGGGGACCAGCAGCGAGUCCUCAAAUCUCCCAUUGCCAUCACUCUCCAAAGCCACUGAUGCUGUUGGUAACCUGAUACCCUUGGCCCAGGGGGUCUUGGGAGGCCUACUACCCAAUGGUGCAAAGAGGGAUCCUGCAAGGAAAGCUGGCUCUUCUCUUCUCUCUAAUCUCCCCCUGAGUGGUGUGCUCAACCAAGUCAGUGAACCCCUGAGUGGUGUGCUCAACACAGUGGGCGGGCUCACAGAAUCCACUGAGGGCAUACUGAAUAGUGUGGUGCCAGGUGGUGUCACUGAUGCACUCUCAGGCCUGCUCAGAGGUGUGAACCUGAAGGAUCUCCUGCUAGGAUUAGAGGUUCAAAAAGCAACGGUGGACGACAUGAUGUCAGCGAUGACGGACAAUGAGAUCCUUGUCCAAGCCCAGACUACUGCCUUCAUUGGUGGAAAAGGCCUAGUAGGACCUGUUAUCAGCCUCCUGGGAUUUCAGGUGAAUGGGGACAUGACUCUGAAAAUUGGGAUUUCCAUAAACAGCACCCAAUGUGUCAACCUCCAAGUCAAGGAGAAGGACAUCAAGGUCAACAAAGUGUACCUUCAGUUGGUGAAGACGGUCACAGAUGUUUUGCCUCUCCCUGUCCCUCUGCCCUUGGAUGAUGUCAUUUCUCAAUUGCUGACAGUUAAAUUGCAAGAAAACUUGGAAGAAGCAAAAUCAUGUGACAUUGAUCUCAGUGAUUUCACCGAAUGCAAAAACUGUGAGUACAGACACACAACCUCCCAGGGGCUGCCCAAGUCAAUGCAGGGGGGUGGACAACCCUCCCUAGGAAUCCCAUUGGGUGAUAGACAGAAGAGGAUGGGCCUGUGA